AUGACACAGAAGGAACUCACACCUCUCUCCAAAUUGAUCACCUCUUCAUGCAUAUUGUCAUUAUUUAAAUUCAUAUCUGUACUUAUUUUCUGUUGUUCUGCAAUUAUUACUACCAAAUUGCUUAUAAAAACAUUCAGUUCAAAAAAUGAGAGAUUAUAUUUUCCAGCCAAACUACAGGACAAGAGCAAAUCUAUUGUAUACUGUUAUGUAUUUUUGCAAAUAAAUGGAAAUUUCAAAUGAUAUUUUGUUGAUUUUUUGUUCAAUGAAAAAAUAGAUGCUUGAUUACAGCUUAAUUUCCACGUCACACUGUGUUUAACCUGUUUUGUUCUGAUAUUUACAUUUCAAAAUGUACAAAACACCUUCACAGUUAUAGCAUGAGUGAACGUAUUCCUCUGGUGAUGUUACAGAGUGGGAGGGUAUGAUAGGGAGGUGUAGAGUAACACUAUCAAUUAUUUGCACAUUUGCUUGUAGGUGUGUUUUUUUCACCCACAGUGCUUCAACCUUAACUCAAAACUGUCAAAACUAUUUGCCACUGUGUAGCAUAAUCGUAUGUUAAGUCCAAUAACUUCUUCAAGAAUGUUCCUCUUUGUGGUCAUGUUGGGGUUGUGCUUCUUUAGCAAGGAGAGCAGCCAGUUAUCCCUGGAACGUCCAAAGUUGUUUGGCCCUUCGGUUGCUUUAGUGGGGGAGGUUGAAGAUUUUUAUUGUGACCUGCAGAUCUACCCAAAGAAUGAACAAAUCCUGCUGCAGUUAUUCAAGGAGGGAAACCGUACCAAGCUCUUGAGUGAAUACGCUUCCCUGGACGGGCAAGUUGGAACCUUCCCCUUGGUAAUCAAACCUUAUCAUGAGGGCAACCUGGAGUGUGUGGCCAGAGCACAGGACAAUUCUGACAUAGAGCCAACUGUCAGCAACAAACACUACCUGAGGGUCAUUGAGCCAGUGGCAGGUGCAGAGAUUGUCCAUUCAGGUCCAGUGGAGUUCUUCGAGGGGAGAGAGCUGAAGCUACGCUGUGAACUUAAAGCUGGAAAUCAUGUCUCCUACAAGUGGCUGUUGAAUGAUCGACCUGUCGCUCGGUCUCCUCACCACCAAGUUGCAGAUAACCGUCUCUCGAUCAACAGAACCACUUCUGCAGACAGCGGCUCAUACAUAUGUAUCGCUGCCAACCAAUACAACAAAACAGAGGUCUACAGCUCCACCAGCCCUGAGGUUGUUAUCACAGUCAAAGGCCAGUUAUCUCUGGAACGGCCAGAGUUGUUUGGCCCUUCGGUUGCUUUAGUGGGGGAGGUUGAAGUGUUUCAUUGUGACCUGCAGAUCUACCCAAAGAAUGAACAAAUCCUGCUGCAGUUAUUCAAGGAGGGAAACCGUACUAAGCUCUUGAGUGAAUACACUUCCCUGGACGGGCAAGUUGGAACCUUCUUUUUAAUAAUCCAACCUUAUCAUGAGGGCAACCUGGAGUGUGUGGCCAGAGCACAGGACAAUUCUGACAUAGAGCCAACUGUCAGCAACAAACACUACCUGAGGGUCAUUGAGCCAGUGGCAGGUGCAGAGAUUGUCCAUUCAGGUCCAGUGGAGUUCUUCGAGGGGAGAGAGCUGAAGCUACGCUGUGAACUUAAAGCUGGAAAUCAUGUCUCCUACAAGUGGCUGUUGAAUGAUCGACCUGUCGCUCGGUCUCCUCACCACCACGUUGCAGAUAACCGUCUCUCGAUCAACAGAACCACUUCUGCAGACAGCGGCUCAUACAUAUGUAUCGCUGCCAACCAAUACAACAAAACAGAGGUCUACAGCUCCACCAGCCCUGAGGUUGUUAUCACAGUCAAAGGCCAGUUAUCUCUGGAAUGGCCAGAGUUGUUUGGCCCUUCGGUUGCUUUAGUGGGGGAGGUUGAAGUGUUUCAUUGUGACCUGCAGAUCUACCCAAAGAAUGAACAAAUCCUGCUGCAGUUAUUCAAGGAGGGAAACCGUACUAAGCUCUUGGGUGAAUACACUUCCCUGGACGGGGAAGUUGGAACCUUCCCCUUGGUAAUCAAACCUUAUCAUGAGGGCAACCUGGAGUGUGUGGCCAAAGCACAGAACAAUUCUGACAUAGAGCCAACUGUCAGCAACAAACACUACCUGAGGGUCAUUGAGCCAGUGGAAGGUGCAAAGAUUGUCCAUUCAGGUCCAGUGGAGUUCUUCGAGGGGAGAGAGCUGAAGCUACGCUGUGAACUUAAAACUGGAAAUCAUGUCUCCUACAAGUGGCUGUUGAAUGAUCGACCUGUCGCUCGGUCUCCUCACCACUACGUUGCAGAUAACCGUCUCUCGAUCAACAGAGCCACUUCUGCAGACAGCGGCUCAUACAUAUGUGUCGCUGUCAACCAAUACAACCAAACAGAGGUCUACAGCUCCACCAGCCCUAUGGUUGUUAUCACAGUCAAAGAUGUGGUGUCAGACCCCGACAUAUCCUUCACUGUGUUAAAGGAAGAUUCCCACCACUAUUCUGCCGUGGUCACCUGUCAGUCAACAAGAGGGACUCUACCUGUCACCUUUUCACUCUACAACGGGACAGGAUUGGUUGCCAAUGUGACAGUUGAAGAGAGAAAAGCCACAUUUAAGACUCCAUUGGUUUUGGGCCAGCACUUAGGAUGGCUCCAGUGCCAGGCAAAGAACGGAGAUCGGGUCGCAAACAGUCGGCGGUUGCCCUUAGAAGUUGUCCCAGUUGGUGGGCCUGUGACGAUAGAUUAUGACUCCGACCUUGGAGAGAACUAUGCUGUGACCGGCCUGAGGCUCUACUGCAAGGUGGCGAAAGGAACUCUUCCACGGUACCAGUGGUUCCUCAACAAAACCCUUCUACAUGACCAAGGAAGCUUUUAUCACGUGGUCAACCAGCCUCCAAAGGAGUCUAUACUCCUGCUGGCUGUAGGGAGGAGCAGUGCUGGGACAUACCACUGUGAAGUGUCCGACAGCUUUGAUAACACCACAACCAUAAGCAGCAAGUCACGUUAUUUAGAUAAAGAAGUGCUGAAUCGUCUCCCUGACUUGGUGGUGGCAAUUGUCUUUGGAUGUUUCACACUCUUGGUUUUGUUGGUCUCUAUUCUUUGUUGGAUUGGAGUGCUGUUCAGGAGAAGGCAGUAUGGAGAGAAGUCCCUGUUGGGCCUGGAGAUGGAGAGAAAGGUAGCUGCAUAUGAAAACGAGCUGGAUUUGUCAGAGUACGAUGAGGAUGCUGAUGGGUUGAGGACAGCCAGAGAUGAUGAAUUUGAUCAGGUAUCUGCCGCCUCUGUGGAUGAAUGGUCCUUAUAUGGAGAAGAAGAAGAUGAACAACUUAAGGAGGCCUGAGGGACCAAACUGUUUGCUCUAUAAACAGUGUAGUUACUUAAAUAAACAUCUGUUAAUGCUG